AUGAACGAAAAACCAAAAAAAGCUAGUCGUUCCUUGGUCAUUUUUUCUGUCUCGUUUUAUAUUACAACUGCACUUGUUAUGGUUCUUGUUAAUAAGUGGGUUUUAAACAGUGCAGCACUUCCCUUUACUUUGCUCUUCUCACAGCUUGUUAUGGCAAUAAUACUUUUACACAUUUCUAGUCUUUUUGGUAUAGUACAAUUACCAAAACUUCGAAAAGAUAUAUGUGUUGGAGUAUUUCCACUAAUCGGAAUAAAUGUAUUGGGAUUAAGUUUUAAUACUGUUUGUCUACAAUAUGUGGACGCAAGUUUUUAUCAAGUCGCACGUGCCUUGGUUCUUCCAUUUACAGUUUUAUUCACCCUUGUUUUCCUUAAAAAAAGAUCAUCAUUCUUGAUCCUUUUAUCAUGUUUUAUUGUUUGCACUGGAUUUUUUGUUGGAGUAUCAUCAGAAAAACUUACGAUUUCAUUUCUCGGAGUUUUUUAUGGAGUUUUUUCAUCCAUCACAACAGCAUUACAUGCAAUUGUAAUUAAGAAAAGCUUGGCUGUUGUAAAAGAGAACACAAUGGACUUGGUUUAUUAUAAUAAUUUAUUAAGUUCUGUUUGUUUUAUUCCUUUGAUCUUAUUAACUGGAGAAGAAUAUCAAUUGGCUCAAAUGUUUUCCGAUAUUUCUGACCCUGACCUUAAACAAUCAUCUUCACCUUUACCAACCUUCUUAAUUGGAAUUGUAGUAACGGGAUUCUUUGGAUUUUUAAUCAACAUUGCAGGAUUCCUACAAAUCAAAGUGACAUCACCAAUAUCACAUAUGAUAUCAUCAGCUUUUCGUGGUGUGAUUCAAACUGUUCUUGGUGUAGCAAUAUUUCAUGAUAUUCUUACAAUUGGUCGUGUUGGUAGUAUUGGUAUAAUUCUUGUAGGAAGUUGUUUAUACACUUGGACAAAAAAUUACGAAUCAAGCCAAAGUCAACAAAAUAAAACCAAUGAAAAUGAUUUAGAAAGUGGUCAAAAACUUCUUAAAGGUCAAGAGAUUGACGAAGUUAUUGAGGAUGAGGAUGAUAUCGAUGAUGAGAAUGUUAUAGUUAAAACAAAUCAUACUAAUAAUAUUGUUGAAAUGAUUAAACUUGAAAAAGCAAGUGUACUUGAUAAAAAUAAAGCACCUUAG